AUUUCCACACCCGCGAGGGAAAAAAAAUUCACCUCGAUGAAAAUCCUCAGGUAGUCGUGUCCCAUAGCAAGAGAAUGCACACCAUCUCCACCUACAAAUCACCAUGGCAAGCUCCAACCUGACACGCCCACACCUCCCGCAAUCCGUCUCGGAACUCAGUAUCCACGCCAACGCCGUCCCCCGACCCAGCACCCCAAAAUCCCUCGCCCAACUCAGUCCCAACGGCCCCCUACCCGUCUUCCGCCUCAGCGGCCUCGUCGCCCUCAUCACCGGCGGCGCUGGCAAGAUAGGCCACGAAACGGCCCGUCGUCUGCUCCGCGAGGGCGCCAACGUCUGCCUCGUAGACAUCAGUGCCGAGGCGCUGCGGGCCGUUGUUGAAGACCUGAAGAACUUGCUGCAGACGGGGCAGGCGGUGCGGUCGCGGAUCCUGACCAUUGUGGCCGAUGUGACGGUGGAGCAGGCCGUGGAGGAGGCCAUGCGGAAGACGGUGGCUGCGUUCGGGAGGCUGGAUACGGCGUUCCUGGGCGCCGGGGUACCGUAUGCGUCACAUGUGCCCAAGAGCAUAUUCGAGACGACGGAGGAGGAUUAUGAGAAGAUCAUGCCGUUGAAUGUCAAGUCUGCCUUCUUGGGCCUAAAACACGCAGCUCUCGUAAUGCGCGAGCUGGGCCACGGCGGCUCCAUCAUCCUCGCCUCCUCGAUAGUAGGACUCCGGGGCAGUCCCGGUUACGUCCUCGACGCUACCUCCAAAGCCGCUCUGAACGGCCUCGCUGCCACAGCUGCCAAUGAGCUGGGCCCGUACGGAAUCAGGGUCAACACCAUCCAUCCCAGUGGCCUGGCUAGUACCAUUUCCGAAACGGUGGAGACGCAGGAGGAGUUGGAGAGUAUGAAGAAUGCUAUUCCUUUGGGGAGAUUUGCACGAGUCGACGAUAUCGCCAGCGUGGUGGCUUUUCUGGCGAGCGAGGAUUCAAAAUUUAUGACUGGAGGUGAUUUGAAGGUCGACGGGGGAAUCUUGAGCGGUUGAGGAGCUGUGAAGGGUUGGGAGCAGAGCUGAAAGGGAGCGGGUAUCAUGGUUAUGGGCCCCAAGAAAGCGAAGCACAUGGGAUCCCGUUUGAGAGACAUUCAGGAAGCACCCCAGGUUCGCCCGGACUCAGAAGAUCCACCAAUCGAGUGCAAAUGUUGAUCGGGAAAUGUAAAACGAAGAAUCACUGGAGAGUUCGCACAUAGGGAAUCGAUGACUGAAGGAAGGGUCGUACAUGAGCAUCAGACUAACUUCGUUUAGCUCUCUUCUUAAUGAUAUCCGACGCCU